UGUAGUGGACUAUAAAAAUAUCCUCAAAGAUGCCCUAGAUCAUCAGCUUGUUUCACCUACAGAAAUCCCUUAUUUUGAAGGUGAUUUCUGGCCGAACACACUUGAAGACAUUUUAAAGGAGCUUGAGGAAGAGGAGGCUCGUCAACGCCGUGAAGAAGCCAUGGCUCAAGUGGAGGCUGAGGAUGAUGAUGCAGAUUGUUCCAGUUCUACCAACGAGGGGCUGUCUGGGGACCCAGAUAAGCGUAGCGGCAAGAAAAAGGCGAAGAAACGUAAAGGUAGUAAAAAAGGCAAUACAUCCACUGCAAGUAAGCGAAAACGUUUGGAUGGACCUAUUGAUGGUGCGGAAGAGCUUUCGCGCAAGGUUUAUGAUACCAUGGAGAAGUUAAAGGAAAUAUUUUUUGUCAUCCGUCUUCAUCGACACAAUUCAGCUGCUUCGCUUCCACCCACUACUGAUCCAGACCAACCUGUACAUAGUGAAUUAAUGGAUAGUCGAGAUGCGUUCCUACAGAUGGCCCGCGAAAGACAUUUAGAAUUUUCAUCCCUGCGUCAUGCUAAGUACUCUUCAAUGGUUCUCCUUUAUGAAUUGCAUAUGGAAUUGCGACAGAGCUUUAUGUGUAACUGUAACGUUUGUGGUGCCCAAAUCGAAACUCGAUGGCAUUGUAACGAUUGUGAGGAAUAUGAUUUAUGUUCCCGUUGUUAUAAGACAGAAAACCAUCCUCACCCAAUGGUUCAGUAUGGUCUUGGUAUCGACGAAGAUUCGAGUACAAAUGAAGAAUCAGGUGACAGGCCUAGUGGUGCUGGUACAAUUCCUGAUCAUUGAAGUAGUGUCGAGG